AUGGGUGAAGUUCAAGACGUCAGGGAUGUGAAGAAGAUUUUUGUUUCUCCAGCAAUAAAGUCUUUCGAGCACUAUGACUUUUCCCGAGCAAAAAUCUGUUGCAGCCUCACAUGGCUGGUGGCCAAAGCGUAUGGGACAGACAGCGUCCCAGCAGACUUGAAGGAGCCCUUCUACACAGAUCAGUAUGAGCAGGAGCACCUGAAGCCUCCCGUGGCCAGCCUCCUGCUUUCUGCAGACCUCUACUGCAGGGCCGGCAGCCUCAUCCUUAAGAGUGACGCUGCAAAGCCCCUGUUGGGCCACGAUGCUGUCAUCCAGGCGCUGGCCCAGCGAGGACUCUACGUCACUGACCAGGAGAGACUGGUCACUGAGAGGGACCUGCGAAAGAGGCCUCUGCAAAUGAGUGCCCAUCUGGCCAUGAUCGACACUCUGAUGAUGGCGUACACAGUGGAGACAGUGAGCGCAGAGAAGGUGAUGGCCAGCAUUCGCCAGUAUUCAUCCUGCAACCCUGAGGUAGAAAUGCCUUAUGAUACAGAGGACGCAGUCACCACCUGGAUCAACAAGGUAAAUGAGUAUCUGAAAGAUAUAGUGGCCCAGGAACAGAUGAAGAAGGAGAUGCAGACUACUGAGCCUGCUGGAAUUCCUCGGUCUCCAACCAAGUGGUACAUGAAGCUUGUGCCUGCACGCUACAGGAAGGAGCAGGCCUCAAGCCAGCAGAUUCCCUGGAUCCCCCCAGUGGACAAUCUACUGAAAGACAGCACAGAUGGCUCAGCUCUGGGUGCACUGUUGCACUUUUACUGCCCUCAGCUGCUGCCACUGGAUGAUGUCUGUCUGAAGGAGAACAUGACGCUGGCUGAUCGGCUCUACAACCUGCAGCUCAUACAGGACUUCUGCAAAGACAACCUGAACAGCAGCUGUCACUUCAGCUUGGAAGACAUGCUCUACGCCUCCUCCACCAUCAAGAAUAACUACCUGGUGUUUAUGGCAGAGCUGUUUUGGUGGUUUGAGGUGGUCAAGCCGUCUUUUGUGAAACCAAGAAGUUUGGACAACGAAAGCACAGAGCCCUCUUCCCUGUUAAAGAAUAUACCAUCCAUCCCCAUCUCAAAGGCAACUAAGAGGAGCUUCAUGGAAAGACCCCCUAGUCCUGAAAGACCCAGUUUGCCUCUUCGACCCCAGCCUCGAAACACAGGAGAGAUCAAGAGGUCAACCUCAAUGUCCUUUGUUGAUGGCAACCUUGGUACCUGGCCAAAAGAGAAAAGGUCUGGGCCUUAUGGAGUGUCUUUUGAUAUACCCUUUGACAAAGAGGAUUCUGCUCCUGGGGCUCCACGUGGUAUGGUCAGGUCCAUCAGCACUGAUGACGGUUCUGGCUUCAAGGUCCACCAUCUACCCCGUGGAAUGAAGCGCAACCUGUCCUUCCAGCCAGUGAAUGGCCAGAGCAUUGGCAUUGAGGAAGAGGGCUGCCCAGACAGCCUUGCUGGUAUGGAGCCUGCCAGACGAGCCUUCCCCAAUGGACAUGGUAAUGUCAUGGCAACAGCUCCCUCCAUGGAGGAAGCCCUCCAGAUCAUCCACAGCCCUAGCAGGCCCCCAGUGGAAGGGAUCAACAGCGGCUUCUUCCUGCAUAGUCAAGCCCAUGGAACUGGUGUUGGUGGCUUGGAGCCGGUGUCUGAGGUGGACUCCAAAGGGCCUCUGAGCACCACAGACACCACAGAGGUGGACACUGGUAUCCAUAUCCAAACAGAAGACAUGCUGGAUGAGGAUUCCUCUCUGAAAGACUGCUCUGUGAACAUGGAACUGGAUAUGGACACGCCAAGCCCUUGCCCGAGCAGUCAGAGCAAAUCCCCCUCAGUAGUGAAGAUGACCAGUUUCGCCGAACAGAAAUUGAAGAAGAUAAAUCCAUCAGCGCCGGACUCAGGAAGAGGCAGCAGUAGCUCCCUAAAGACAACUCCAGAGGGCUCCGAGUUUUGUCUCCCAUUAUCAGUUUCCUGGGCCCCGACCCCCGAGCACAGCCCCAUCCAUCAACAAACCACACCAACCUUCACUGCUCAAGCAUCACCCACACCUGUACAACUUCCACCUAAUGACCCCGCCCAGGUCAUGGCUACAGAGAUGGUUCAGCUGAGGAUGCGGCUGGAGGAGAAACGGAAAGCCAUCGAAGCACAGAAGAAGAAAGUGGAAGCCGCUUUUACAAGGCAUCGCCAAAAGAUGGGUCAUUCUGCCUUUCUAAAUGUGGUAAAGAGGAAAGGCGAUGGGGCUGCUAGUGGAGAGGAAGGAGCUAAAAUUGAGGGAGAAGGCAAGGCUUUAAGCACAAGUCCAACCUUUAAAUUUGGAAGGAGCAAAGCUGACACACCUGAUGGGGCAGAGCAAAGCAGCACAAGCUCGUGUUGGCCAAAGUCCCCUGGUGGAGGAGAGGAGGGUGGGCAAAGCCCUGCUCAGCUAACCGAGGUGGAUCUUUCUGAAUAUACACGUUCUAUUGAGAAACUCAACCAUUCUUUAGCGUUCCUACAGACUGAAAUGCAGCGACUUGCUCAGCAGCAAGAAGUAAUCAUGGCCAUGAGGGAGCAACAGCAUCAGCAGGCGUGGGUCAUCCCUCCUCCACAUACAACCCCUUCGCCACAAAAACACAGUCGAGCCGGUCCCAUUACUCGAUCCUCAGGACCCUCUUCCCCCGCCGACUCCCCUCGUUCCACCCACCGCUCUCCAACCAGCAUCAAACGCAAAUCUGCCUCCUUCCACUCACGCAAUCCCCGCACAGCUCGCCCCAAUGAGCUCAAGCUGGCCCCCUACAAUCGAGUCCUAACUGCCCCGCAAUCUGUCGACAGUAUCCCAAGACUGCGGCGGUUUUCUCCCUGCCAACCCUUGGCAAGUUCCUUUGUUUACAUGGGGGAAAAACCAGUAGGCGCCAAUACGGAGACCGACGCCUCAGAUGGAGAUAAAAAUAGGGAGACAGAUUCACUCCUUUUCCCAGAGAGGGAGCUCACCAGUAUAUGUGUAGCCAAUUCACCCCCCAGCUCCCCCAGCCUACAGAGCAAAAGAGAACAAGCAGAAGUAGAUUCAAAUGCCAAAACCCAGGAAUUCAGAGCUGACAGUCAGUCCACCACCACUGACAUGGAAAAAGAUAACAAGAAAGCUGCUCAGAAGCGAGGUGUAGAUCUCAAACCUACAGUGGAGUCAUCAUUCCCUGAGGUUCUGUCUCACCCUGUGGUAGAGACCUUUACCGUGACACCUACAGACAUUCCUCCCCAGCCAGAAGUCAAGAGCAGCUUGAUUGAGGUUCCACUGUCAGUCAUGAAGCCUCUGGAGGACUUAGCCCUGGAAGAUGCUUUGGAGAUGGAACAAGGUACCGUGGAAGGCCAGGAUGAAGAGCAGAAGAUGUGCCAUGGCUUCUUCUUCAAGGCGGAUGGAAAGGCUGAGGAUAACAUGGCUCAGAAGAGGGCGGCGCUGCUGGAGAAAAGAUUAAGGAGGGAGAAGGAGAGCCAGCAGAGGAAGAUGCAGCUAGAAGCUGAGCUGGAGCAAAAGAAGGAGGAAGCUCGAUUGAAAGCGGAGGAGGAGCGUCUCAGGAAGGAGGAGGACAAGGCCAGGAAAGAGUUCAUCAAGCAGGAGUACCUCAGGAGGAAGCAGCUGAAGCUGAUGGAGGACAUGGACACCGUCAUUAAACCUCGACCAGCAGGGGGGGCCAAACAGAGGCGGGGCCGUCCCAAGUCCAUCCAUCGCGACAUGAUGGACUCCCCCAAAACCCCGGUCAGAGCUGCCACAGUCUCCAGCUUGUCCCUGGCUUCCCUCAACUUGGGAGACAGCGAUAGUGUUCACUCUGAGAAGAGAGCGCCAAGAAGUGCUAGUUUAGCCGCUGGCAGUCUCUUCUACUUUCUGAGAUCUCCUAAACUGACAAGGAGAAGGCCAGAUUCUGCAGAUGGCUUCCUGUCCCCGAGUCGCUCCAGCAGCAGGAAUGGAGAAAAGGACUGGGAAAACGGAUCCACAACCUCCUCCGUUACAUCCAACACGGAGUACACUGGACCGAAGUUGUACAAGGAGCCCAGUGCCAAAUCUAACAAGCACAUCAUCCAGAACGCUCUCUCCCACUGCUGCCUCGCUGGCAAGGUUAAUGAGGGGCAAAAGAACAAGAUCCUGGAGGAAAUGGAGAAAUCAGAGGCCAACAACUUCUUGGUUUUGUUCCGAGACACCGGCUGCCAGUUCCGCUCGCUCUACACUUACUGCCCCGAGACAGAGGAGAGCAACAAGCUGGCAGGCAUUGGCCCCAAGAGCAUCACGCGCAAGAUGAUCGACGGCCUCUACAAGUACAACUCAGACAAGAAGCAGUUCAGUCAGAUACCAGCCAAGACCAUGUCAGCCAGUGUGGACGCAGUGACGAUCUACAGCCAUCUCUGGCAGACCAAGAAGCCAGCCACCCCUAAAAAAGUAGUGCCUGCCCAUUCAUAG